AUGCUCCCUGCGAGGGCUGUGACAGGGACCUGCCUCCACCUUGCCGUCUUGCUGCUCUGCUUCCGACUCACGGCUCCUCAGAAAGGACGGAAGAAAGUCGUGCAUGUCUCAGGUGCGUGGCACAUACGUGAUUUGGAAGCUCAGCCCCCUCUCCCCUGGGAUUGCAUUCGCUGAGCUGCCCGGCAGAUUCAUGCAAUAGGCUCCAAAGCACUUUGGCCUUGUACAGUUAACCCCAGUUCAGCCGUUGCCAAAGGGGUGCCUGGGGGCACAGGGGUGCCCUCGAGGUCUUCCUCUGGUGCCCACGAAGGCUCCACACACACUUCCUUGUUUGUAAAGCAGCGAAGGCGGUUACGCUACUCUCCCUCGAAAAGGAAAUAGAGUUGAAGGGGACAGUGAUCUCUCUGGGCUUUUCAGGGCGUGGCCUGGGGGAGAGGGGUGUGGUCUGUGAGAGGGGGCGUGGCCUGGGGAGAGUGGGCAUGGCUCCAUAAAUUGACAUAUUUGCCCAUCCCUAACCUGGAUCAGCUAACCUUGGAUAGCUCAGUUGGGUAGAUUGUGGUGCUGAUAAUGCCAAGGUUGCAGGUUCGAUCCCCUUUUGGGACAGCAGCCUAUUCCUGCAUUGCAGGGGGUUGGACUAGAUGAUCCUCAGGGUCCCUUCCAACUUGACGAUCCUAUGAUUCUAACCCAGACUUUUUAUUUCGCCUGCCAAUCAUGGGGCUUGUGGAGUACAGUCGUACCUUGGUUCUCGAACGCCUUGGUACUCAUAUGUUUUGCCUCCCCAAUGCCGAAAACCCUGAAGCGAGUGUUCCACUUUUCGAAGCCAAAUGUCCAACGCGGCCUCCACUUGAGGGCAGGAAACUCCUGCAGCCAGUCAGAAGCCGUGCCUUGGUUUUUGAACGAACUUCCGGAAAAGAUUAGGUUCGAGAAACAAGGUACGACUGUAUCCCCAUUCCGUUCAGCUGCAAUUCCCCUUGGGGGUCCCUUCCAUCUCUACAAUUCUAUGAUUCUAUGACUUGCUGUUUUUAAAACAUCUAUUGUCACUACCAUGUAUUAUUUCAUUGCAAGAUGUGUUUGACUAACCUGCAGAAAACUGGGGCAGAAAUUCUAAAAACAAGCAGCUGAUUUGUAAAUGAUUAAGUGCGUUAUCAUUUUUAUUUAUUCAGUACUGCUUUUUCUUAAGAAAGGGGAGGGGGAGAUCCCAAAUCUGUUUAAAAUCCCCACAUAUUAACGCAGUUUCAGUAUGACACAGCUCACAGCUCCAUCUUGCAUCCACCUGUCCUGGGUUUGAAACCCGGGAUGCUUAAAAAAAACACCCAACAAAACCCUUCUCUUUUCUGCUUGCAGAGGAUGACAGUGGUGCCGUCGUGGUGCAGACGGCGCCGGGGAAAGUGGUCACCCACCGGGGUGGCACCAUCAUCCUGCCCUGCCGCUUCCACUACGAUGUCUCGGCCCACGACCCGGAUGAGAUCCGCCUGAAGUGGACCAAGCUGGUGGAGCCCAUGUCCUUUGAGGACGUAUUUGUGGCGAUGGGCGUGGAGCGCAGGGCUUUUGGGAGCUACAGGGGCCGCACGGCGCUGCAGGAGGACGGCUCUGGGGACGCCUCCCUCAUCAUCCGGAACGUGACCCUCCAGGACUACGGGCGCUACGAAUGCGAGGUGACCAAUGAGCUGGAGGACGAUGCUGGGAUGGUGAACCUGGACUUGGAAGGUGAGGGGAGACGGGCGGGUUGGGGUGGGGCCCACAGGCCAGGUCUCCACAACCCCCUGUAGGAGGAAACUAGUGGGAGAUAAUAGAAUCCUAGAUUGUAGAGCUGGAAGGGACCAUGAGGGUCAUGUAGUCCAACCCCCUGCAAUUCAGGAAUUUCAGCUAAAGUAUCCCUGACAGAUGACCUCCUUAAAAACCUCCAGGGAAGGAGAGCCCACAACCUCCCAAGGGAAACCGUUCCACUGCCAAACAGCUCUUAACACCAGAAAGUUCCUCCUGAUGUUGAGUCGGAAUCUCCUUUCUUGUAACUUGAAGUCAUUGGUUCGAGUCCAGAGCAGGAGAAAACAAGCUCGUUCCCUCUUUCAUGUGACAAUCCUUCAAAUAUUGGAAGGUGGCUAUCAUAUCUCCUCUUAGUCUCCUCUUCUCCAGCUCCUUCAACCAUUCCUCAUCAGGCUUACCUUCCAGUCCCUUGAUCAUCUUGUUCGCCCUCCUCUGCCCACCUUCCAGCUUGUCAACAUCCUUCUUAAAUUGUGGUGCCCAGAAUUGGACACAGGACUCCAGGUGUGGUCUGACCAGGGCAGAAUAGAGUGGUACUUUUACUUCCCUUGAUCUGGACACUAGACUUCUGUCGAACAGCAUUAGCUGUUUUUGCUGCUGCAUCACCCUGUUGGCUCAUGUUCAGCUCGUGGUCUGCCAAGACCCCCAGAUCCUUUCCACAGGUACUGCUAGUAAGCCAUCUUAUAUUUGUGUGAAAGUGAUGUGGGAAUGCCUCUCCUAAGAUGGCAUCAUUUUGUCCUAUAUCAGCAUGGCCAGGGAAUGCCUCUUCUAUGAUGUAAUAGCCUGAUCCAGCAAGACUCAGAACCACAGAAUUGUAGAUUCGGAGGGGACCAUGAGGAUCAUCUAGUCCAACCCCCUGCAAUGCCUUGGCAUUAUCAACACCAUCCUCUAACCAAAUGAGCUAUCUAGGCUGACUCUUCUUGUACUCUUACAGGAGAUAAGAAUGGGUCCUCCUUGUCCGCAGGCAGCCCACCUCCUUGGAGGGUCUGGCGGGGUGAGGGGAGCAGCUGUUGCCUUUACCCCUCCUCCUUAUCAAUUUCCUAGAGGCCCCCGGCUGACCACUGUCAGAGGCAGGAUACUGGGGAGGCUGGAACAUCUCUGAAAUUCUCAUCUAUCUACCUUUGCCUCCUUCAAGCCAGAAAGAGUGGAGGGAGCCCCUCCAAAAGGAGAAUCUCUUUCCUGUUCAGGAUCUUCAUAGCCAAAUAAGUUGGAAGUGUGUGAGAGCAAGAGAGAGAGAGAGAGAGAGAGAGAGAGAAGGAAGGCUGGAAUACUACAAUACCCUCAAUGCUAUAAUUCACCCCACCUCGCGGCAGCAAAAGCAACCCAAUUCUCUCUCUUGUUGGGAUGUUUUACGAAUCUGCCAGCUGCUAUCAUUCUUCCUGGUUUUUAUUAGCUUCUGACACCGAAACCUGCAGCGACAAUGAAAGUCAAUAAAAGCAGCAGUAAAGCACCCCAGAGACUCUCCAGCAAGAGAGGAGGAGGGAAGAGGAGAAAGAAAUUGAGGGGAGGCAGACAGGACCCUGCAUGCUCUCCGUGAGGGUGUGAGCUGCAAACAGAGGCUACUAGCUGUCUUUCGUCAUGCAUUCCUGUGGGGUUGGCGUGCCCUUUUAACCCGAGGGCCGCAUUUUCUCCUUGAGGAUCUUCUGGGGGCCACAUCCCAUAGCAGCGGGCAGAGCCAGAGGCGAAAGUGGUUGGAGCAACUGGUCUCAAUUAGUUAAUCACUGAAUAUCUUGCAAAAAUGUGGUUUCCACAGACUUGGUAGAGUGUCAGGCAUAAUGAGCAGAGCUGCUCAUUCCCUUUCGUCUUCCUCCAUGGAAAUCUGUUGCUGACAAUCCCCACCUCCCCACAGACAUCUAUGGCCCCUCCUCUCCUGGUCCCCAGCCCCCAAGUAAUUGGCGCUUGUGCCUAAAUGCAGCCAACCUCUCCUCUGCACUUUUCAUGCCUCUCCUGGUCCUGGGAGACAAGCAGGGAGGGGGAGACACCUGUGACUCUUCACCAUCUCUGCCUCCUGGCCUCCCUCCUCUCCUGCUUCAGCUUCUGCCUCUGAGUCUAGACUGCUCUCUGCCACAGACUCUCCCAGCCCGCUAAGCCCUGUUGCCCCUUCAGCUUCCGACAUCUCCCCCUCCCAGUCUUCUCCCUCAUCGUUGUCCCACCACCACUCCCCAGGCGGAUCCUUCUGCCCUCCCUCUACAUCCAAGCAGUCCCUGACACUCUUAACAAGGCAAUCACUCUCAGUAAACAAGAAAAAUAGGUUUACUCGCAUCAAAAAGCCUGACAGGGUUCAACAGAUGCAGUGAUGAAAAUAUGGAAAGGAUCCUCAAAUGUUGCAGAAGUCCAUAAAAAGUUAAAGGGACCCCUGACCAUUAGGUCCAGUCAUGGCUGACUCUAGGGUUGCGGUGCUCAUCUCACUUUAUUGGCCGAGGGAGCCGGUGUACAGCUUCCGGGCCAUGUGGCCAGCAGGACUAAGUCGCUUAUGGCGAACCAGAGCAGCGCACGGAAACGCCGUUUACCUUCCCGCCAGAGCGGUACCUCUUUAUCUACUUGCACUUUGACGUGCUUUCAAACUGCCAGGUUGGCAGGAGCAGGGACCGAACAACGGGAGCUCACCCUGUCGCAGGAAUUCGAACCGCCGACCUUCUGAUCGGCAAGCCCAAGGCUCAGUGGUUUAACCCACAGCGCCACUCACAUCACAGAAGUCCAUAGUCCUGCUCAAAAUGGAGAAGCGUCUGUUUGCAACUCUCUAAAAAUUGUGUGCAAUUAUGUGUUUGCGAUUCGGCUGCAGAUUCUCCCGCACAGAAGAGGCAUUCCAGCUGGUCAAGAUCCUUUUUCAAUUGUGGUGUCCAGAACUGGACACAGGACUCCAGGUGUGGUCUGGCCAAGGCAGAAUAGAGUAUUGCUAUUACUUCCCUUGACCUGGACGCUAGACUUCUGUUGAUGCAGCCUCAAAUAGCAUUAGCCUUUUUUGCUGCUGCAUCACCCUGUGGACUCAUGUUCAGCUUGUGGUCCACCAAGAUCCCUUGGUCCUUUUCACAUGCACUGCUAGUAAGCCAAUACUAUUCCCUCCUGAGAAUGCCUCUCCUUUGAUCAGGGAGGGGGAACCAGCAUGCUUCAGCAGUGUUAACGGAGAAAUCUGAGGGCUCCUUUGGACAAAAAGCAAGGACACCAGCCAGGAAUACCAGAGCAAAACAGCGGCCAGUAGGCUUGGUCUUGAUUGAAGACUGGACUCCUACCUGCCACCAGGUGGAACAAGAUGGAAGCCCAGAACGAAAGAGCCCCCAAACUUUUAUUAGCUGCUAAUCCCCAUGUUACACCCCCCCCCAAACUACACCACGGUUACAUCAUGAAAGGGGAGGUCUGGUGGCAGUAAUCUGAGCAUCCUGGACCCUGCCCCAUGGUUCUCCUUGCCCUCCACCAAACACCUAUCAAGCGAAACAAAAGAGAGAUUUACAUUUCCCUGUUUCCCAGCCAAGUGAAUCCCACCCUUUGGUCUUCCUCUGGGUUUGUUCUUUCUGGAAUGGCUACCUGUCUGGCACUCAGGUAUCAGGAUGCCAGGGAUUAUCACUCAGGCAGAGGGGCUGCUGAGUAGCUGAGCUCACAUGUCUAUAUGAAUUUCCGAAGUUUUCCCAGUGAGCCAGUACAUAGAGACAUUUGUCAGUGAAUUCUUACAUUUGGUAUCGUGCAGCUGAGGCCCUUUGAAUAGAUAGGAAGAAACUGUGAUGUAGUGUUUUGUAGGGACAAAUCACAAAAGUCACAGAAGUGAUGGUGCUGGUUUUGGUAGUGGGCUGCAUGUGCAUUAUAUCUGCUGGAGGGGCAACACCCCCCCAACCUAUAUUGUAAAUUCCUGCAACAAGCAGUCAGGGUGAUGAUGGGGGCCGCAGUCCAAGAAUGCCUAGAAGGCCCUGAUCUGCUCUCGAUGUCUGUUUUUCCUCCUCCUCUGCUUCUCUUUAGGGGUGAUCUUCCCUUACCACCCCCGCCUGGGACGCUACAGCCUGAACUUCCACGACGCCCAGCAGGCGUGCCUGGAGCAGGACGGGAUCCUGGCUUCCUACGACCAGCUCCACGAAGCCUGGCUGGAGGGCAUGGACUGGUGCAACGCUGGCUGGCUGCAGGACGGCUCGGUGCAGUACCCCAUCUCCAAGCCGCGGGAUGAGUGCGGCCGGAAGGAGACCCCCGUCGGGGUGCGCAAUUACGGCUACCGCCACAAGGACGACGAGCGCUACGACGCCUUCUGCUUCACUUCGAAUCUGAACGGUGAGGGGGUGCCUGGCUGCCCAAAGUUCUAGAAUCAGAAAACGGUAGAGUCGGAGGGCCCCCCAAAGGUCAUCUAGCCCAACCCCCUGCAAUGCGGGACUUGAAGCUAAAGGAUCCCUGCUUAGGUGCCCAAGCAACCUCUGCUUAAAACUCCCCCCGUGAUCAUUCGUCCCACUGUCAAAGGAAGCUUCCUGCCUAGCGUCAGGAGGGGGGGACACACAUUUUCCCAGUCUGCUUUCUUCGAGCCAUGCAUCAUUUUAUAAACUUCUAGGCUUCCUCGCUCCUCGCACCCUCCGAAAAAAUCUCAGAGCAACAUUUAACCGAUUGCUGGCCUUUUCCGCGUCCCCCAGGACCAGGCAAUGAGGCAGUAGUUCAGCUCAGCAUGAUGGAUGAGCCUGCAGGGGUUUGUCCAAAGGCGUAAAUUACUCUUUGCUGGGAGGGUCUGCCGGGGGGGGGGGGGAGUUGGCAGGAGGGGGGCUUCAUUUGUGUAAUCAGGGGCAGGAUAAAUAGCCCUGGAUCAACUCGGAAAUGGAGUGCCUUUUGCUGCCUCAUCCAUCUUGCUGAAGGCAGGUGUUUAAUUCUCCUCUCAUUGGAUUUGGCAGCGUAAAAAUGGAGGGGUUUUUUUGUGGGGAAGAUGGGAAGAGUCAAGAUCAGGGGUCAGCAAACUUUUUCAGCCGGGGGCUGGUCCACCGUCCCUCCAACCUUGUGGGGGGCUGGACUAUAUUUUUUUUUGAGGGGGGUGAACGAAUUCCUAGGCCCCACAAAUAACCCAGAGACAUUUUAAAUAAAAGGACACAUUCUACUCAUGUAAAAACAGGCUGAUUCCUGGACUGUCCAUGGGCUGGAUUUAGAAGGCGAUUGGGCCGGAUCCGUCCCCCGGGCCUUAGGUUGCCUACCCAUGGUCAAGAUAUAUCCCCCACAUGUGUUUGGCUUUUGUUUUUUUAAGGGGGGAAAGGGGAUCUAGGAAGCAAACCCCGAUAGCUCAGCUUGUAGAGCAUGAGACUCUUAAUCUCAGGUCGUGGGUUUGAGCCCCACAGGGGGGGAAAGUUUCCCGCCUUGCAGGGGGUCGGACCAGAUGACCCUCAGGGUCCCUUCCAACCCUAUGACUGGUGGGCACUAAGGUUUUUCUCCCGCUCGUUGUUGGCAUCCAUCCGUCUGGAGACACAAUGGAGUGCACCUCCGGGGGUGAAGUCAAACCGCUGCUUUGCAGCACUGAAAUGAGCUCUUUCUGCUCUGUCAGGAAAGUGAGAACACCUGCUAAAUCUGAGCUCCAGACUACAUUUUAAGCUAGGCUUAAGUAUGUCUUUGUCACUGAAUUACCAUUUUAAGCCUGCCUGAAGCAAGUUUCUCUCUGACAAGUAUUCCAGGUGAGUAAAUGCUCUUUUUUUUUUUUACCUUUUGAAAGACAGUUUGUGUGAUUAUUGUUUUAAGGGAGACAAAAAGGGGAAAUACCAGGAGAAUCCAGUCUGCUUAAAUGUUAAAAGAAAGGGGAUUCUGACUAAAUGUAGGGGGAAAACUUUCUGAUCGUAAGAGCUGUUUGACCGUGGAAUGUGUUAAGGGAGAAAUCCGAGGGAUCCCUUGGACAAGACAAAAAAACAAGGACACCAGCCAGGAAUACCAGAGCAAAAGAGAAGACUGUUGCAACAGGACUCCCACCUGCCACCAGGUGAAACAAGAUGGAAGCUCCAAACAAAGGAAAACCCAAACUUUUAUUAGCUGCUAAUCCCCAUGUUUGGGGACACAGGUGGCGCUGUGGGUUAAACCACAGAGCCUAGGACUUGCUGAUCAGAAGGUUGGCGGUUCGAAUCCCUGCGAUGGGGUGAGCUCCCAUUGCUCGGUCCCAGCUCCUGCCAACCUAGCAGUUUGAAAGCACGUCAAAGUGCAAGUAGAUAAAUAGGUACCUCUCCAGCGGGAAGGUAAACGGCGUUUCCGUGCACUGCUCUGGUUCAACAGAAGCGGCUUAGUCCUGCUGGCCACAUGACCCGGAAGCUGUCUGCGGACAAAGGCCGGCUCCCUCGGCCAGUAAAGUGAGAUGAGCGCCGCAACCCCAGAGUCUGUCACGACUGGACCUAAUGGUCUGGGGUCCCUUUACCUUUACCUUUAAUCCCCAUGUUACACCCCUUUAACAAAUGUUCUCCCUCAGGAGGUGGUGGACUCUCCUUCCUUGCAGGUUUUUAAGCAGAGGUUGGAUGGCCAUCUGUCAGGGAUGCUUUAGCUGAGAUUCCUGCAUUGGACUAGAGGACUACUACUACUACUACUACUACUAAUAAUAAUUUAUUUAUGCCCCGCCCUCCCUGGCCAGAGCCGGGCUCAGGGCAGCUAACACCAGUAAAAUUACAAAAAAACAAAACAAAAACCAAUUUAAAAUACAGGUUAAAAUAUAAUUUAAAAUGCAGCCUCAUUUUAAUAGUAGCCCAUAGAUCAAAACCGUAAAGGGGAGGGAAACAUAAGGGUCAGACUGAGUCCAAACCAAAGGCCAGGCGGAACAGCUCUGUCUUGCAGGCCCUGCGGAAAGAUGUCAAGUCCCUCAGGGCCCUAGUCUCUUGUGCCAGAGUGUUCCACCAAGUCGGGGCCAGUGCUGAAAAGGCCCUGCCCCUAAUUGAGACCAAUCUAAUCACCUUGCGACUUGGGACCUCCAAGGUGUUGUCAUUUGUGGACCUUAAGGUCCUCCGUGGGGCAUACCAGGAGAGGAGGUCCCGUAGGUAUGUGGGUCCUAGGCCGUGAAGGGUAUUUAAAGGGCUUGGAGGUCCCUUGCAACUCUAUGAUUCUAUGACUCUAUGAUCCUGAAUUGCUUAAUCUAAAAGGCUAAUUUUAAGUAAUCUAAGUAAAUUUAGGAGAUUACUAGAUCUACUAAACUAGAUCUAAGUAGAUUUGGAUUAAGUAAUCUUAAGUACAGUGGUACCUCGGGUUACAGACGCUUCAGGUUACAGACUCCGCUAAUCCAGAAAUAGUACCUCGGGUUAAGAACUUUGCUUCAGGAUGAGAACAGAAAUCUUGCUCCGGCGGCGCGGCAGCAGCAUGAGGCCCCAUUAGCUUACGUGGUGCUUCAGGUUAAGAACAGUUUCAGGUUAAGAAUGGACCUCUAGAACGAAUUAAGUUCUUAACCCAAGGCACCACUGUAAUUCUAAGAUGCAAAGGAAUGCCACUCUGUGAACUCACAGGCGCAAGGAAGGAUAAUAUCCAAUCAAUAUACCCUCUGCUGGCAUCUAUUCGCAUCCCAACACCACUCAAGUUGGGAAUCGCUGCUUUAACCACUGCACCACAUUGCCUCUCCCCCUCUUCUCCCUCCCAGGCAAAGUCUACUUCCUCAAGACCUACCGCAAGCUGAGCUUCCCGGAAGCCGUCCAGGCGUGCAAGAAGAACGGGGGCGCCGUGGCCAAAGUCGGCCAGCUCUACGCUGCCUGGAAGAUCCAGCUCUUGGACAAGUGUGAGGCCGGCUGGGUGGGCGACGGCAGCAUCCGCUACCCCAUCGUCAACCCCAGAACCCGCUGUGGGGGCCGCGAGCCUGGCGUUCGCAACCUGGGCUUCCCCAACAAGAAAUACAAGCUCUUUGGCGUCUAUUGCUACAGAAGCGCCACCGGUGGAGGGUCCAAGGCGGCUGCCAAGGAGGGAGCAGGCAAGUGGAAACCUUUGCAGGUGUAA